CUUUUUCCUUUUUUUUCCUUUUCUUUUUUAUCAAUACUAUACUAUUAUAAUGUCAGCAAGUUCCAGUAACUAUAAACCUUGUAUGGAUGGCAUUAGUCUUGUCAAAGUCCAAGAACGAACAUACAGGAUUCCUUCAGCGUCAUUGUUAGCAUCACGAUCUACAGUGGAACGUCCACCUGUACCUUCCUAUGACACAGACUCUAUCGAUACAACUACAACCAUAUACACCGAAGAAAUUGUCACGCAUUAUCAUUCGGUGCAUCGAACAUAUCAUGGUCUUUUGAUAGGUAAAGGUGGAAGUACACUCAAACGGUUGAAACUGGAAACGGGGACAAGAAUUGAUAUUAUGAAUGGAAAGGACUCUGUCAUGGUCAAAGGAACUCAAGACAAGGUGGAUCAAGCCAUCAAGGUCAUUGAUGCUUUUAUUCAACAGGCAUUUGAACGUGCGAAACCAACUCACUUUUUAUCUUUACCAACCUUGUCCACCUAUACAACAAGAAAAUUGGAAGAUUUUUACAAAGCUAUUUCAGCAUCCACUUUCCAUAGCCGUGGUUUGGACAAAGAUAUGUUAAUACCAUCUGGCAAGCUACAUAUCACUCUUGGUGUCUUCAAAUUACUUAGUCCUUCUGAUGUUGAAAAUACUUUACAAUUUUUGAAGGACGAAAUCGUGAAUGUGGUACGUGAUUUUAUGGAUCAAGAAAAAGUUCUUUCCGUUCGACUCAGGCGAUUAGCUAUCAUGCAAGACAAUCCACAGAAAACGCAGGUACUAUAUAUUCAAGUACAAGAUGAAACAAAGAACAAGAUAUUGGACAAACUUUGUGAUACUAUUAGGAACAAAAUGCUGGAUGCUGGAUAUAUGCAAAAAGAAAAUAGGCCAUUGAAGAUCCAUGUUACACUGAUCAAGACCAAGCCAAAGAAGUCAGAGGAUGGACAAGAAGAAGAACGACCUACAUUUGAUGCUCAACCCAUAUUGAAAUCACAUGGAGAUCUUGAUUUGGGCGUAGUACAUUUAGACAAGUUACAUCUGAUGAAAAUGUCAACGACGAUAAUCGAUGAAUAUAUUAGUGAAGGAUCCAUCCCAGUAGAAUAGAAAUAAUAGGAUAUUCAUUUAUUUUUGUAUUUUUAUUUUUAAUAAAAGAAGGUGAUAAAGUAAAAUAAAU